AUGACGGACAAAACGGAUUUCAAUGUGACAUACAGGGGACCCGUUCAGGAUGGCGCUACAAAAAGCAUCCGAUCGGAGAACCGAUUGGAUGAAGAGACUGGAAGAGAUCCUUUGUCUACACCAUUAAAACGCCAGCUCAAGUCUAGACAUCUACAGAUGAUUGCUAUUGGAGGCAUUAUCGGUCCUGGUCUGCUAGUGAGCUCGGGCAAAGCCCUGCACGAUGGUGGACCCGCGGGGUCUUUGAUUAGUUUCUCACUGGUCGGCAUUAUCGUCUUCUUUGUCAUGCAAUCGCUGGGUGAGAUGGCUACGCUGAUCCCUGUGACUGGAUCGUUCACCGAGUAUGCUGAGCGCUUUAUUGAUGACUCUCUGGCGUUUGCAUUGGGGUGGGCGUAUUGGUACUUGUGGGUGACUGUACUCGCAAAUGAAUACAAUGCGAUAUCUCUGGUUAUUGGGUACUGGACAGAUGUUGUUCCGCAAUGGGGCUGGAUCUUAAUCUUUUGGGUGAUGUUCCUUACCCUCUCGAAUCUGGGGAUUUUGGCCUAUGGCGAGAUGGAAUUUUGGCUGUCUCUCAUCAAGGUCUUGGCCUUGAUUGUAUUUUUCAUUCUCGCCAUUUGCAUCAGCGCAGGUGGCAUUGGCCCGCGUGCUAUUGGAUUUCAAUAUUGGCAUGCCCCCGGGGCGUUUGCAGAUUCAAUCAAUGGUGUUGCAAAGACCUUUGUUGUUGCGGGAACAUUGUAUGCCGGGACUGAGAUGGUUGGUAUCACCGCCGGAGAAUCAGCGAAUCCCGAAAAAGCAGUACCCAAGGCUAUCAAGCAGGUCUUUUGGCGUAUCUUGAUUUUCUACGUUGGUACUAUAUUCUUUAUUGGAAUGCUCAUCCCAUGGAAUGAUAAGAGAUUAUUGGGCACGUCAUCCAAGACAGCCAGCUCUCCCCUGACAAUCUCGUUAGAGGAUGCUGGGAUCCUCCCGGCCGCUCACCUCAUUAACGCCCUCAUCGUGAUCAGUGUCAUUUCUGCAGGAAACAGCUCGCUUUAUGUGGCAUCUAGGACACUGCUUUUCCUUUCUCGCAAUGGAAAGGCUCCCAAGUUCAUUGGCCGGACCAAUCGCCUAGGAGUCCCAUGGGUGGGCCUGGUAGUAACCAACGUCUUCGCAUGCAUUGUAUUUUUGGAGCAGUCCUCUAGUGCUGGGCGCGUUUACUCCGCAUUAAUCACUCUUUCAGGAGUUGCCACCUUUAUUGUUUGGUCGGUAAUAGGACUUGCACAUAUUCGAUUUCGGCAAGCCCUGGUCGCGCAAGGCGAAGACCCAUCAAAGCUCCCAUUCCGAGCUCUCUUCUACCCAUAUGGCACCUACCUCUCGCUGGCAGCAAACGUGUUCCUUAUCUUCUUCCAGGGAUAUACUUGCUUCCUCAACCCCUUCAGCUCGACUGACUUUGUGAUCAACUACAUCCUGAUCCCCGUUUUUGUGUUAUUCGUGAUUGUGUAUAAGUUCUGGAAUAGAACACGUGUCGUCCGGCUCGAAGACAUGGAUCUCUGGACCGGGCGGAGGGAGCAGGUUGAUUUGGAAGAACCAGAGUCUCCUAAAAGGUCGCCACGUGGUGGUCUCGCAUCUGUUCCGUUGUUAUAG